CAUCACGAAUUCACUUCCCUCUGUGGAUCCCUGGGUCACAGACAUUUACUGUCAUGGAGCCCACACUUUGUCCCUCAGAGUCCCGUGUCCUCGAGGUUCCUCCACACUGGCUGAGUGAUGGUCUAGGCUGUGUCCCCACCACCCAGCAGAUAGCCCUGAGCAGUGUCUUCCCUGUGGGGUCCAGGACAGAGACUGGGGUAAGGUGGGCAAGGGCAGACUGCCAAGACCCUGGCACAGGGAGGACAUGGCUUGCUACUGUGGGGCAGGGAGAAAGUUAAGGAAUGUUCAGGUAUCCCCAGGUAGGGAGCUGGUGAGAGCCCAAAGCCACAAGUCUCACUUCAGUCCUGAAGGCCCAGUCUCAGGAAGUAGGCUGAGGUCAUGGGGACCAUGACCGCUGCCCACUUCCCUGUUGCUGGGACACCUUUGUCCCUGUCAACAAUGGCCCUAGGGCCUUAUUGGUCUGCACCUCUGGGAACACAGGGGCAGACAUGGAAAACCUGAGGCGGGAGGCUGCCCAGCCCUUUGUCCCCUCGGGCACCCUGGAACUCAACUUCCCCGCCCUUUUAUACAGCAAUGACUACCUGUCCCUGGAGGGCCCCCGUUGGGCACCGGCUGUCAAGCAAGCCGUGCGCUGGAAGUUCACGCCCAUGGGACAGGACGCAGCCGGCCAGGUGUGGUUCACCGGCCUGACCAACUCGGACCCACGAGAGGCCUGGUACAUGCUGCCUGCUGCGCUUGACAGACCGUACCGCGAGGCCCAUGCGCGCUGGCACGGCUGCUUUGAGAGUCGCCUGCGUGGCCUGCCGCCCGCCUACACGCAGCGCCUGCGGGAGACGGCCUUCUGGGACCCCGUGCUGCCUGCGCAGUAUCUCAGCCCAGGCACGCGCUGGGGGUGCAUGCCGUGGAGGGACAGGCACAUCUGCGGCAAGGAGUUUGUGGUCAACAGGAACCAAUUCGGGGUGGAGCCCUCGCGGUCCGACUACGUGCCCCAUCUGUCGCCACCACAGCGGCCGCGCUACACCUCGCAGGACUUCAGGCAACGGGACAGAGAGCGCCCCUGCCCGGCCACCGGCCAGCCGCCCCCGGCCUUCACGCCCGCGCUCUGA